AUGUGGAAGAGGACUGACCAUCAGCCCAAGAUCAAAGCGGGGGAUGGGCCUGAGGAUCUGGGGUCAGCUCAGGAACACGCUACGCCGCACCCUCUGGAGCUGUCAGAAUCCCAGAGCUUCCUCGUGUUCGAGGACAUUAGCCAUCACAUCAAAGCAAUGGGGGCCCAACUGGUAAAGAAAGUCAAUGCCAUCUUUCAGCUGGACAUCACCAAAGAUGGGAAGACCAUUCUGCAGUGGACCAUUGACCUGAAGAAUGGCGCUGGGGACAUGUAUCCAGGAUCCGCCAGGCUCCCAGCAGACACUGUCUUCACAAUCCCAGAGCCUGUCUUUAUGGAGCUGGUUUUGGGCAAAAUGAAUCCUCAGAAGGCUUUCCUUGCUGGCAAGUUCAAAGUGAGUGGCAAAGUUCUGCUUGGCCAGAAGCUGGAGAGGGUCUUCAAAGACUGGGCUAAAUUUUAA